CUGUUUUGGUAUUUCAGUUUCGUUUCUCCGGGACGUUCGUCCCCGUUUCCUGCAGACGGCAGACCUGGGGCCACGGAAGAAAGACACAGUGGCGGGUCAUGGGGAGCUGCUUUAGAUCCGUCGAUCAGAUCUGGGGGGUUUAGGAUUUUAUUCCCUGCUUGAGUGAUUAGCAGAAUUUUAGAUUCAGGGGUCCGGGGUUGUAGGUCUGGACUCUGUUGUGUUGGGUUCCGUCACUGAUUGAACUUUUAUACUUUUAUAGUUGAUACUUGGGGGGCAAUAGUUCAGAGGUCAGGAGUGCAGCACCAGUAAAGCCAUGGCCUGCACUCUCUCACUCCAACUAUGCAAGGUGCUGUGCUCUAAUGGGGGCAGUAUGGAGCUGGGCCAGUUGGGCCAGGCCCUGAGGCUGAGUCCCGAGAAGAUGUCCCGGCUGCUAGAAGCAGAGGAGGGGCGCAGCUUGGUGAUCAGGAGCACAGAACGGGACAAGGAGCAGGUAGCGGUGUACGCCAGCCCCCUGAGGAUCUGCGCAGACCGCAAGCAGGAAUGUACAGGAAACUGCGGGAGGCUCCAUGUGUGCCGCUACUUCAUCCUGGGCAGCUGUAACAGGCCACACUGUAAAUUUAGUCACUCUAUCGAUAGCGGGGAGGCAACCCGGAUCUUACAGGAACAUCACAUAAAUGGCGUGACGAUACCGGAACUGCGCUAUCUGCUCCUACAGAACGACCCGCACCUCCUGCCGGAUGUCUGCUUACACUACAAUCGGGGAGACGGUCCUCACGGCUCCUGCACCUUUAAAACCAACUGCAAUAAGCUGCAUGUCUGCCAGCAUUUCCUGCACGGCGACUGCAAGUUCGGAAGCAAAUGCAAAAGGUCACAUGACCUGGAUUCGGAAGAGACGAAACGGAAGCUGCUAAAGUGGGGCUUGGCCGCCAGCCUCAUCCCUGUGAUCCUGCAGAUUUACCUAAACGCCAGCGCCAUCAAGAACGGCAGCUCAGCUACACCAACUCCAGAACCAAGGUCUCCAGACAAAAUAGACAGACCCGCCAUCCCAAAAUCUGCUGCCCCCCAACCCAUCGAUGAGAUCUGCUUAUACUUCAUAUUAAACAACUGCAGCUUCAAAGACCGCUGUGUGCGGGACCAUUAUCAUCUCCCAUAUCGGUGGCAGAUCUGUAUGGAUGGCACCUGGAAGGACUUGGCAGACAUGGAGGCCACUGAACAGGCAUACUGUGACCCCAACAGCAGGGGCACUACUCUGAACUUUGACACCAUGACUUAUCGGUCUUAUAAAAUGAGGCGGCUGAGCACACAGUCGUCUGCUUCCAAAGCUCCACACUUUGUCCUCACCACGGACUGGCUCUGGUACUGGAAGGAUGAAUACGAUCAGUGGGUGGAGUAUGGGAAGGAGACAGGCGCCCACACGUCCUCGGCCACCAUCACAAGCAACGACCUUGAAAAUGUUUUCCUGUCUGAUGAGAACACCAGCAUCCAGUUCAAGGCUGGGAAACACAGCUAUGUGCUAAGCUUCAAAGAAAUGAUCCAGCGGAACACAAAGUACGGCACGGAGAGGCCAGUAUGCCGGAGACCAGCGUUUGUGUCUGCCGAGGAAGUGAAGAAGAGGAAAUUAAGGAAGUCUGAUCCAUCGAAGGGAAAUGACAAGUCAACCCCCCAACACUGGGACAAGGGGCAGAUACCAGAUGUGGGUUAUAAGCUCGUCCGUCUGUCUGAAUCUUCUGAGGAAUAUAAGAAAAUUGAUGCUAUGUUUCACCGCACACUGCCCAGUCAAAAGAUCCAAAGCAUUGAGCGGAUUCAGAAUCCGGCUCUGUGGGAGAUUCAUCAGUGGCAGAAGGAGCAGAUGAAGAAGCGCAACGGAGGAAAAGAGGUUAAAGAGCGGCAGGUUUUUCAUGGAACCAGCAGCAGCCUUGUUGAUGCCAUCUGCCAACAGAACUUUGACUGGCGUGUCUGCGGAGCUAAUGGGACAGCAUACGGGAAAGGCAGUUACUUUGCUCGAGAUGCCUCAUAUUCUCACCGUUAUUGCAGCCGUGCCGACUCUUUGCAUCACAUCAUGUUUGUUGCCCGUGUGCUGGUGGGAGAUUUCAUACGUGGGUCAUCCUCAUAUCUGCGCCCCCCAGAAAAAUCAUCUUCCAGUUUUUACGACAGCUGCGUGGACAGCGAGAGUAAUCCAUCCAUAUUUGUUAUUUUUGAAAAACAUCAAAUAUACCCAGAAUAUCUUAUCAGGUACUCAGAUCGGCAGGAUGACAUGUCUGCUCUGAGCUCCCUCCUCCGGGCUUUUAAAUGACGUAAUGACUCCUACUAUCCCCUUCCACCCUAUGUCCAUGUCUAAACUGCUUACUGAAAGGAAAUUCUUUCCAUUCCUCUCCGUCACGUCUACAGGUUGUGGGUGAUUACACUGCGUUACAUAAGAGUAAGAUGCUCCGGAGUGGUUACCUGCUCCCCACUAAGCCUUUUAAUAGAAAAUGGUCUAAUAUGUUCAGGUGCAUUGGGAAUAUAACAGAGGGAGGACUCCUAAUGUAAUGUAUCAUCUUUUAAUGGGGACCUGUCAGUUUAUAACGAAAAUCUGCCCUUUGCUAUUAACAGUCCCCUCUUGUAGGAACACAGGUAUGUCAUUUGAGCAGCAAUCUCCUGAUGGGAGUAUAAUGGCGGCUAAGCGCGUGCAGUUGCUUUAUUAUCUCCUGUGGACCUUAGUCCUUGCCUCAGGUGACCUUUCAGCCUCAUGAAUAAACCUUACCUACCACAGAU